AUGGUUCUGCACCUACCACCGACGACGACCACGCGCGGUCUGCGUCUCGCGAAAAUUUCUGCGGUCUCACACUAUGGUCUCGCGCGGAAGAACAUACGGCGACACGACGGCUUGAAUCAAGCUACAGAGAAAGGCGGAGGCGGCAGGAAUGUCAAGCUUCCAAGCCCAGACGCCACGACAGUUGGCGUGUAA